AUGUCGGCCGCUGCGUGUAUCUUCUGCAAAAUCAUCAAGGGUGAAAUCCCCUCGUUCAAGCUCUUCGAAAGCGAAACUGUCUUUGCUUUCCUUGACAUCCAGCCUCUGAGCCGUGGCCAUGCGCUUGUGAUCCCGAAGUUCCACGGCGCGAAGCUGACCGAUAUCCCCGAUGAGCACCUCAAGGAUCUUCUGCCCGUGGCCAAGCAGAUUGCCAAAGCAAGUGGUGCGGAAGAUUUCAACAUCCUGCAGAACAACGGCCGCAUUGCUCAUCAGGUUGUUGACCAUAUCCCCAAGCCCAACGAGAAGGAGGGCCUUGGUAUCGGAUGGCCUACCCAGCCUACGGACAUGGAUAAACUCAAGGCUCUUCACGAGGAAAUCAAAUCUAAGAUGUAA